GCAAGCUGAAGAUAAGAACGUAUUCCCCAAUGAUGAAACCUUUUUCACCUUUCGGAAAGGAGGAGAAAUGGAUAAAGUAGCCCCGUCCGAUUGGCUCGGAUAAUGAUAACGCCCGAUUUAACAACUCCGCCGCAUCGUUAGUGGCCUCCUCGAUCAAGCCCCUUUAAAUCCUCCCCCAUCUAGGAUUUGGCCACCCCCCACCUCCGCUUCCUGUGAUCCUGUUCCUAUCUCUAUCCUUCGCGUUUGUUUGCGCUUCGUCUCCAUGGCGACGGCGGGGAAGCGCAAGCCGGUGUUCGUCAAGGUGGACCAGCUCAAGCCCGGCACGGCCGGCCACACGCUCGUCGCCAAGGUGCUCAGCUCCAAGACCGUCCUCCAGAAGGGCCGCCCCGGCGCCGCCGCCGCCGGCCCAGCUACGCGGUCCACGAGGAUCGCCGAGUGCCUUGUCGGCGACGAGACCGGUUGCGUCCUCUUCACCGCCCGCGACGAGCAGGUUGACUUGUUGAAGCCUGACAGCACCGUUAUUAUCCGCAACGCAAAGAUUGACAUGUUCAAAGGUUCAAUGAGGCUUGCUGUGGACAAAUGGGGUCGCAUCCAAGUAACUGAACCAGCAAGCUUCAGUGUGAAGGAGGACAACAAUCUCUCACUUGUGGAGUAUGAGCUUGUCCACGUUGCUGAAGCGUGAAGAUCUUGUUGAUCUCGUUUGUUAACCAAGACGCCUAUUGUUAAAAAAUUCUACUUGUUGCAUCAUCAAGAAUGAGAACUCAGAAGAUGAAGGAGCUUACAAAGUAGAUUGGAGCUGUUGGGUUGAACUAGUGCAAGUUCCUUCUUAUCAUGCAUUUAUGUCUAUCAAUAGAUAAUAGUUGCUGCAGCAUCGUGGUUGCAAGAACAGACGUGAUGUGGUGAGCAAUUUGUACUCUGAUUCAUCUUUGAGCCCUACUAAAUGGAUGGUUGCAUUGGAGGAGAAA